AUGUUAAAGAUAAAAGAUCUGGAAAAGAACACAACAAAAUGCUUUCAAUUGCCAGCCGAUCCUCUUCUCAGCCCUGUUCCCGCUUGUUUGACCACAGAUUGUGGCAAGUGUACCAUGACUUCUCCAGUACUCGAAAUCGACACCACCACCAGUAAUAAGACUGUACCAUUUUAUCCAGAUUUUCUCAGGCAAAACGCACAAGGCUGCGUGGUCCGUGUGAUGGGGUGUCCGACGGAGAUCCCGGGGGUUGGCUCAAUGCUUGAAUUCGACUACGAUUAUAACAAAGCGGUGAGCAGGAGUCGCUUCGAUGUGACAGCCGUAUUGGUAUGUAAUGGGACGGGAGAUGGAUGGGAGUUCACACCGCGUCGGCCCGAAACGAACUGGGUCGGCAACAAAUCGGUCGUCCAUGUGGCGCAGUGUUUUGGGCCAACAUGUGAGAAUACGAACGCUUGU